AUGAUGAAUGAUAGUGGGUACACGUUGAUCUACGAGCCCAAUGCGGCUAGUAGAACAUCUAUCAAUGAGUUCAAGACCUUGUUGGAAAAGGGCAAAGAUGAAGUUAAGGUUGAUACAAUGAAAAAGAUUUUGAUUACUAUUUUGAAUGGAGAUGCUAUGCCUGAGCUAUUGAUGCACAUUAUAAGGUUCGUUAUGCCGUCAAAAAACAAGGAAUUGAAGAAAUUGUUAUACCACUAUUGGGAAGUGUGUCCUAAAUUGGACGAGAAGGGCAAAAUGAGACAUGAAAUGAUUCUUGUAUGUAAUGCUAUUCAACGUGAUUUACAGCAUCCAAACGAGUACAUUAGAGGUAACACGUUGAGAUACUUGACUAAAUUGAAAGAAGCCGAGUUGUUGGAAACUUUGGUUCCUAAUGUUCGCCAAUGUUUGGAGCACAGACAUGCUUAUGUCCGCAAGAAUGCUGUUUUUGCAUUAUGGUCGAUUUAUAAAGUUAGUGAUCACUUGUGUCCCGAUGCCGAUGAAUUGAUCUAUAGAUUCUUGUAUGACGAGAAUGACUCUGUGUGCAAGAGAAAUGCAUUUGUUUGUCUCGGUGAUUUGAAUAGAAAUGCCGCGUUACAGUAUAUUCAGGAUAAUAUUAGUGUUAUUGAAACAUUGGACCCAUUAUUGCAAUUGGCAUUUAUUGAAUUUAUCAAGAAAGACUCUUUGAACAACUCCAAUUUGAAACAGCAGUAUACGCAAUUAAUUACAGAAAUCCUUGAAAGUUCUUCAAAUGUCGUGAUGUAUGAAGCUGCAAAUGCUUUGACUGUUUUGACUUUGAACCCUUCAUCGAUUCUUUUAGCUGCUAACAAGUUUGUCGAAUUGGCUACUAAGGAGUCUGAUAAUAAUGUAAAGAUUAUAACGUUGGACAGAAUCAACGAGUUGAACAAAGAACAUCCAGGCGUUUUACAAGAUUUAUCUUUGGAAAUCUUGAGAGUAUUAUCCUCACAAGACUUGGACGUUAGAAAGAAAGCUUUAGAUGUCACUUUACAGUUUAUUAGUUCAAGAAAUGUUGAAGAUGUUGUUAAGUUAUUAAAGAAGGAACUUCAAGCUACGAGCUCAUCCAAUGAUGAUAAGAACGCAGAGUAUAGACAGUUGUUGAUCAACGCCAUACACCAGUUAGCUGUUAAAUUCGUGGAGGUUGCAGCAAAUGUGAUUGAUUUGCUAUUAGAUUCCAUUGCAGAUUUGAAUUCGACCGCUGCAUAUGAAGUGAUAACAUUCGUUAAGGAAGUUGUUGAGAAAUAUCCCGAGUUAAGAGAUGCUAUCCUUAGGAGAUUGAUUUCAGUAAUACCUAACAUAAGGAGCGGGAAAGUGUUUAGAGGCGCUCUUUGGGUGAUUGGAGAGUAUGCCCUCGAUGAGCCAUUGAUUCAGGAUGCUUGGAAACACAUUAGAGCAAGUAUAGGUGAGGUACCAAUUGUUACUAGUGAAUUAAGAGCUAAGGAGCCAUCUCGGGAAACCGAAGAAGGCAGUAAUGGUGAAGAACACAAGAAGAAAGGACCAGUUGUGUUGCCAGAUGGAACUUAUGCGACCGAGACUGCUUUGACAACAGAAAUUGUUAACGGUGGAGACAGUGAUAGCAAACCACCAAUUAGAAAACAGUUACUUGCUGGUGAUUUCUAUCUUGGAGCUGUAUUGUCAUCUACCUUGGUUAAAUUGACUCUUAGAUUACAGGAACUAAAGACUCAAGAGAGGAUUUUGAAUGCUCUAAAAGCUGAGGCAUUGUUGAUCAUGGUUUCUAUUGUAAGAUUAGGUGAAAGCACAUUGGCUACUAAGAAAAUUGACGAGGAUUCAGCCGAUAGAAUUAUAUCUUAUAUUAAGAUACUAAAUGACGAGGAGGAUGCAAGCAGCAUCACCUCCAGUUUCCUUGAUGAUACCAAAGAUGCUUUCAGAGAGCAAAUCCACAAAGCUCAAUUAAAGAAAACAGAAGCAGAGGCUAAAGAUUUAGUAAGCAAUGCAGAACAAGUCGAUGAUUCGAUUGUUUUCAGACAACUUGACAAAGACGGCAAAGCUGGCGCAAAGGAAAUUGACGAUAUAGCAUCGGCGUCAGGCUCUAAUAUAAAGAAGGAGAACUUGUCUUCCAAAUUGAACAAGAUUUUACAAUUGACUGGGUUUUCGGAUCCAAUAUAUGCCGAGGCAUUUGUCAAAGUACACCAGUAUGAUGUGGUGUUGGAUGUACUUUUGGUGAAUCAAACAACUUCAACUUUGCGCAACUUGUCUGUUGAAUUUGCCACUUUGGGAGAUUUGAAGGUUGUUGAUAAACCCACAACUGCAAACAUUGGCCCUCAUGGAUUUUAUAAGGUUCAAACUACAAUCAAGGUGACUUCAGCCGACACGGGUGUUAUCUUUGGUAAUAUUGUUUAUGACGGUCAACAUUCAGACGAUUCAACAAUUGUUAUCUUGAAUGAUGUCCAUGUCGAUAUAAUGGAUUACAUCAAACCAGCAACAUGUUCAGAGAGCCAGUUCCGCAAGAUGUGGAAUGAGUUUGAAUGGGAGAACAAGAUUACAAUCAAAUCACCGAUUGACUCAUUGAACAAUUACCUCAGGGAAUUAAUGAAUGGUACAAAUAUGAAAUGCUUGACACCAGGUGCAGUUAUUGGUGAAGAAUGUCAGUUUUUAUCUGCCAAUUUGUAUUCCAGAUCUACUUUUGGUGAAGAUGCUUUGGCCAAUUUGUGUAUAGAGAAACAGAAUGACGGUCCUAUAAUUGGCCAUGUUAGAAUAAGAUCAAAGGGACAAGGUUUGGCUUUAAGUUUGGGAGAUAGAGUUGCUUCAAUAUCUAAAAAGGGUAAAAACACCGCACUAGUUCGUGUGUGA